UCGCUCUCCCUCUUUUAGUUGCUCUUUGACUCCGUCAAAGUUCAGAGUUCCGAUCGAGGUCGUGUUGACGUGCUAUGCUACUCCCCCUCCUCGCCCCACUGACAACUCUUUCGAUUUUGGCUAUCCUUCCGCGAGCGAUGUGAUGGCCUUCCUGCGCUUGUUCAUGCGGCGGCAGUUGCCUUUGGCCGCGUCCGAGUUGUCCCGUGUCGUCGCGGGGCUGCCGCGGCCUCCUGGCGGCGUGCUGCCGGGCACCGCGCGGCGGCAGCUCACGGAGAAGGGGCCGUGGGGGAAGAGCCGGCCACCGGAACAACUACCGCAGCAGCAGUGCCCGCUCACAGACCUCGAUAAGGCGGACGCUCUGAUGCUAAGGAAGUCUCACGAAACAGGUUUCCUCUCAUGGUUUCGUAAUGGUCUGCUGGCGACCGGAAUCGGCGUCAUUGCCUUCGUGCAGAGUGAAGUCGGACGAGAGGCGGCAUACGCCUUCUUCAUCCUGGGUGGCGCCUGCGUGUCCUUCGGCGGCGCCUCUUAUGUGGGCAGCCUCGUGGCGCUGCGGAGGCUGAUGCUGCUGUCCGUGCCCGUCCUGCUCAUCCACGGGGCCGUGGUGGGCAGCGUGGCUCUCUUCUGGUUGUGUGCCGUAUCCCUCUACAUCGGCCGCCUAGAGGUGGAGAUUAUCCACGAGGAUGACGAGGAGGGAGAAGAGUGCCAGGAGUGCCGCGAUAGGCGCGAACACAGAGGCUAUCGAGGCCCCCCCCAUGACAGGAGGCACCACGACACCGAGGACAGCAAGGGGCCAGACAAGUAGAUGUCUUCCUGUGUGUGUGUGUGUGUGUGUGUGUGUGUGUGUCUGUGUCUUCAUGCUUCAGUGCAGACGGUGUGUAUCAUUAGACCCUAAGUGUGGGUGUUAAAAGGGCCAAAGCCAAACUAUGAACUUAAAUUACAUGGUCUCUUAUAUACCGGUUAUCUCACAGAUCAUCUUGUACACUUUCAGACCACAACAUUAGGUACACCUGUACAAAUAAAAUCUUUUUUUUUUUUGUGGAGGGCUGAAAUACUGUACUGUACUGUAAAGUGUUUCUACACUUUGGGAUAAGGUACAGUUUGGCAUCACUAAAUUCAAAAUAAAACAGUUAAAUUAUCAUCCAUGAUGGUGUCAAGAUAACUAGCAUGCACAGUGGGUAUUAAAAUUCUACACACACCUAUUUAAAUGGCAGGUUUUUGUGGUGUUAAAAAAAAAAAAAACAAGAGACCAAGAUCAAGCAUUCUAAAAAUACAACUCUGAAAGAAAAAACAAAAAAUGAAAUAAUUUUGAGAGGGGAAGUAAAAACAACUGAAAUGUGUUCGCACACCCUUUUAUAACUCUAAUUGUGUUUAGAAUUAACCAAUAACAUUUAAACUCAUUUCAAACGUGGAGUGAGCACACACCAGCACUAUCUUUUAAAGUAACGCCGAUAAACUAGAAAAAUAGGCCUUUCCUGACUUUUUUUUUUUUUUUUUUUGCUUUCUAACAGAAGCUUGAAGGUUUAGUGGUAACACUGACUGCUGUUUGGAACUGCUCCUAAUUCCUGUAUCAGUUCCAGCUGAAGAAAACCUUCAUUGUUUGUAUGGUGUUCUUUUGGUGAUGAGCAGUGUUGUGUUUGCGCCAAACAUACCUUUUGGAAGUAUGGGGAAAAAAGUUCAACCUUGGAUUCAUCAGACCAUCAUAAAAUCUCCCAAAUGUGGGGAAAAGUGUUGUAGUGUGACAGACAAGGUGGAAGGAAUUAUGAACAGUUUGAAAUAGCAGACGGUGAAAAACUUGAGUUAUACAGGUUAUAGGUCACAUCAAUGGUGGAAAUAGUUUUGAAAUAAUUCUUGUUCUCAUUUUUUUAUACUGUAUGAAAAAAAUUCUGGCAUUUGAGUAGGGGUGUGUACAUGUUUUUGCGCCGCUGCAGUUUGUGAAACCAUACCUAAUAAAGUAUCCAGUGAGGGCAGUUUUGUUUACUAGGCUUUACCUUAUUUUAUGUGAGUUUGUUGGUGAGAGCACGUUUCAGGUUGUUGUUUUGUAUUUGCAAAUGUUACUCAACAAGGUCUUACAGCAAUUUUUUUUGUGUGUAAACAUUUUAUUUUUCAAACAACCUUAGCACUUUGGUAAGCUCCUGUUGUAUAGUCACAGUGUUUUUUUUUUUUUUUGUGGUUUUUUUCCCCCCUCCAUGCAUCUUUUAAUAUACUGUAACCUUGAAUCACACUUGGUUGAAUACAGUAUGACAGCUUCUCAAUUGGAGGUUGUAUGUGGCGGCUGGGGCUUAUUUGUAUUGUUCACUGGUUGGUGUACGCUCUCAUGUCAGUGUACACGUCAUACAUUGAAAUAAAACACAUUACAUCAGGCAAA